ACCGAGGUAUCGUAGGCGAGAAUGAAAAGCACUUGAGUUGCGAAGGGGAGCAUAAACGCCUGGGUCCUUUUUCGGUGUAACAGGGUUACACUUCAGUGUGUGUGUGUGUGUGUGUGUGUGAGUGAACGGGUUAGAAGGUGUAUUGUUGAUUUUUUUUUUUCCUGAAGCGUUUGUGGCUGAGACUAGAGGGCGGAUAUAAGCUGUGGGAUCUCGUGCGUAAAGCGCCAUGGCGGACACGGUGAAGACGUUCCAGGCGCAUCUGACGGCGGUGAUGGACAGCCUUGUGCGCGCGUCCGUGUGCGAGAUCACCAAGCUGUUCGAGGACACGGUGAACGACUACCUGGUGGAGAUCUCGCUCAACCGGAAGGAGAACGAGGCUCUGAAGCUGCGCCUGAGGCUCACCGAGAACAAGCUGAGGAACGAGAGGAAAUACGGGCUCGCCUGGGCGGCCAGUCGGCGCGCGGCCGGUCUGCUCGGUCCUGAUGAGGCCGCCGGCGCGGCGAAAAAGCGCAGGCUCGAACCUAGAGGCAAGCAGCCCAAGGAGUGGAGCGGUGGCACGUGGGAGGAGGGGGUUGGAGGAGCGAGGGACGAGAGGAGGGAAGAGAGGAGGGACGUGUGCCGCACUCAUCCACCAACCGCAGCGGAAGGAGAGGAGCAGGAGGAGGAGAGGAGACACGUCUCCGGGGAGAGGAAGGAGGUGGCCAGUGUUAAGGAGGAGGAGGAUGUCUACAGGUGUGAGUCAGCGAGGGUCCUGCAAGAGGCGCUUCAGAUAAACCAGACCGAAAGCAACACAGCGCAUGAAGAUUUGACUCCUGUCCCUACCGGUCCUGGAUCAGCUGUGGGUGAAGUCUGGGAGCAGCCCGUUCUCUCAGCCGGACCUCCAAACAGCAGUGAAGAGCUCAGCUUGCUAGAAACAGCUUUAAAGGUGGAGUGUGAGAAGGAGGAGUUAGGAUCCUCCUUGAUCAGCCCGCCUCAAGCCGCAGACAAAGCAGGCGAUGUGGAAUUCAUCGGCUUGGAUGGUUUGUGUAGCUCGCAACAGGACCCUGCUUCCUCAAAUCACGAAGCCAACCCUGCUGAGAUUGGCACAGGGAGCCAUGGAGACGAGGAGGAGGAGGAGGAGGAGGAAGAGGAGCCCAGUCGAGAGGGCGAGGACUUCCUGCUUUUCUGUCCUCAAUGCGGAGGUGGCUUUAACUCUGCCUCCGACCUGGCUGAACACGUGUGCCCGCUGGCCGAGGAACGCUUCCAGUGUUCAGUGUGCAGCCGAACUUUCAGUCACGCCUGGAGCUUGAAGAGCCACGAGUGCGUGCAGGUGGGAGAGCAGCCGCACCGCUGUGAACUCUGCGGCAAACGUUUCACACACUCGCGCUCGCUUGAGCGGCACCAGCUGGUACACACAGGCGAGCGUCCGCACCGGUGCCCACAAUGCGGGCGCAGUUUCAGCCGACUGGGCAACCUCGAGCGGCACCAGCGCAUCCACACGGGCGAGCGGCCAUACGAGUGCGGAGCAUGCGGCAAACGCUUCAGUCGCAUCGAGUACCUCAAGCGGCACCAGCAGAUCCACAGCGGAGAGAGAGGAGAGAGGAACCAAAUGCUGGGAGACCAGGAGCUGAAACGCAAUCAGUGCUUCUCCAGCGCCUGAUAAACUGCUUAAGACUUGACCUAAUUCUCUGUCCAGCUUUAAAGACCAAUGAUUCGUACUUCUGAAUGUCAUCAAAUCCUCGAGACUGGUUAUUUUCCAACACAUGACGUGUAUCUCAUAGAUCUGCAUUAUAAGUGUAUCGUUUAUCAAUCGUACUACAGGAUUAUCUUUUGCGGCACUGAAAUUGGAGAAGCGUACAUAAAAAUGUAAAAAAAGAACAAACCAUUUUGUAAUCUGUCAGCCUUCUGACUGUUACAAAGCUCCCUGGAGCUACCUGGAACCUCUAGUUACGGGAAAACCUGACGUUGGUGCGAUUCUUAUACUAAUCCUUUAUUUGCCGAUUUAUUUAUGCAUCAUUAUUUGAAUAUUAUUUAAUGCAAAUCUUGACAUAGGCUUACCAGUUGUUGUUGUUUUUUUAAAUAUGUAUCGCAUAAUUGAAAGUUGGAGACAUCUAAUGAUCUAAUGAUAUGUCCAUAUCCAAUCUAAACAUUAUAAAACCAGUAAUAUGGUACAUGAUAUGAGCCCACACUGAUUUCACAAUCGUAUCAGUGUAAGUACAUGUGUAUAAUUUUAUCCUGAUCCUAAAACAAAGCGAACACACUCCUCUGCAUCAACCAAGCUCACGUGUCUGUGCAUUACACUCUGUGUGAGUCAUACUCUUAGGUGUCUUGGACAUUUUUCUCAGAUAAUGCUAGAUAAAAGUCCAGAUUUCAUCUCUCAGGAAAAAUAAAAAUUAGGAUUACAGCCUAGUCACUGAUUGUAUAACACUUCUUUUUUUUUUCUUAUAUUAAAUCUUACUGACAUGGGAUUUGAAUAUCUGGGUGGAUACUGGAUCAACAAUUUUCUAUUUUACCUUCGCGAUACACCUCUGGUGUGUUUGUAGUGAACAUACAAAUUACCACAAUUUUGCAUUUCUGUUUUUGUCACACACUAAUUUAGUUUGACUGCCUUUAGCUCUGAUCACACACACAAUGUGGUUUCCAGUUCAUGUGUGAAAAUGAUUCCUCAUGCUCCCAAAACUACUCUUUCACUAUUUAAGUUCUGGAAUAUGGGCCGUGCAAUAAAGGAAGAAGAACUCCAUACAUCUGAUGACCUGGUCAUUCGGUACAUUCAGGUCAUCAGCUGACUUCAUUUUAUUGCUCUUUCUUUUACUAUUAAACAUAGCUCUGGUUUCUACAGUUGAUUUUUUUUUUU